AGCUGCCUCUUGCAUCUGGACAAUGGUAUGAACUUCAUGGAUCCCAGCUUCCAGCAGAAACUGGAGGGGGAGAGGGAGCUGCUGCGCAGAGCUCUACAGAAGGAGCUGAAGAUCAAAGAGGGAGCAGAAAACCUGCGCAAAGCCACCACAGACAGAAAGAAUCUUGCCCACAUAGAGCACGUCCUGAAGUCUUCCAACAGGAAACUGGAGCAGCUGCACUGGGAGCUCCAGGAGCUGAAUGCAAGGAUUGUGCUCACAGACAGAGAGGAGAGUAGGGCAGAUGGAUCUGUAUCCCCAGAUCCUUGUCUUUGGGAGAGAAACCCAGGCCCCAUGGCAAGGAAGGUUGAAGCUCUGAAAAAGCAGCUGCAGGUUGAAAUGAAAGUGAAACAGGGAGCUGAGAAUGUGAUCCACAUGUACUCAGCAUCCAAGGAGCGGAAGCUGCUGGCUGCAGCUCAGCAGGUGCUGCAGGACAGCAGGACCAAGAUGGAGAUCAUUCGCAUGCACAUUGGGAGGGUGGCGCAGUCCGCAGCAGGGCUGGAGGAUGCAGUGGACCCAGCAGCAAGCCCUGGGCCCAUCAGUGCCUUGGAGCUGCGCGUGGAGGAGCUGCGGUACCACCUGCGCAUCGAGGCUGCUGUGGCCGAGGGGGCAAAGAAUGUGCUGAAGAUCCUGGGGGGGCGUCGGAUGCAGGACCGCAAGUUUCUGGCUGAGGCUCAGGGUCGUCUGCAGGAGUCCUCUCAGAAAAUUGACCUUCUGCACUUGGCCCUGGAACAUCAGCUUGGUGAGCUCCCUCCUGACCACCCAAAGAGAGCCCUGAUCAAGCAGGAGCUGGUGCAGACAUCCUCCUUGGGCACUCGGCAUGGCAGCAUCCAGCCCACCUCAGUCAUCAAACCCACAGCCCUCACAGGAACACUGGAAGUGAGGCUAAUGGGGUGUCAGGACCUGCUGGAGAAUGUUCCGGGGCGCUCCCGGGUGGGUGGGACUUCUCCUGUCUGUGGCAGCCCAGGAGACCUGAGGUCCUUCUCCCGAGCACGAGUUGGGCUGGGGAUCCCUGGCCGCAGCGCCAUGGGGAAGUACCUGCGGAGCGAGGAGCCAAGCAAUGAGGUCCUUGCUGUGCUCAAAGUGGACAGUAAGGUGGUUGGCCAAACAAACUGGGGACCAGUUAAUAAGCAGGCAUGGGACCAGAGCUUUGUCAUUGAGCUGGACCGGUCUCGUGAACUGGAGAUUGCAGUGUACUGGAGGGACUGGAGGGAGCUCUGUGGGGUGAAGUUUCUGCGCCUGGAUGAUUUCCUGGACAAUGAGCGGCAUGGCCUGUGCCUGGCCCUGGAGCCCCAGGGGCUGCUCUUUGCAGAGGUGAUGUUCUGCAACCCUGUCCUGGAGAGGAGGCCAAGGCUGCAGCGCCAGAAGCGCAUCUUCCCCAAGCAGAAAGGGAAGGAAUUUCUCCGAGCUCCUCAGAUGAACAUCAACGUUGCUGCCUGGGGUCGCCUGAUGAUGAGCUUCCUCCCUCCUUGUAGCUCCAUAAGCAGCCUGAGCCCCCCUCUGCAUGACCCCAGCCAGGCAGACUUCUCUGCUGCUGCCCCACAGAGCCCUGCUGAGCCUGUGCCCAAAGGGAGCAGUGAGUUCCCUGUGGCCAAGCUGAUGUUUGCUGGUGAGAACCCAGCCAAGCCUCCACGUCUCUUCCUGAUGGGCAGCUCCAAGGAGUCCUCUCUGUCGCCUGCAGACUCUCCGUGUCUGAAGAGGCUGCAUGUUGAGGAGAAGUCUUCCAGCUCUGCUGUAGCAGAAUUUCAGAUGCCAGCAUCUGCCAGGAAGAGGCCAGUCCAGCUGGAGGACUUUCACUGCAUUGCUGUGCUGGGACGUGGCCACUUCGGGAAGGUACUGCUGGCCCAGUACAAGGCAACUGGGAAGCUGUUUGCUAUCAAAGCCUUGAAGAAAAAGGAUAUCAUCAGGAGAGAUGAAAUUGAGAGCCUGCACUGUGAGAAGCGAAUAUUUGAAGUAGUGAAAUCCUCUGGCCACCCCUUCCUGGUGAACCUCUCUGCCUGCUUCCAGACCCCUGACCACGCUUGCUUCGUGAUGGAGUACUGCCCGGGGGGAGACCUCAUGAUGCGCAUUCACGAAGAUGUCUUCCCCGAGCACGUGGCACAGUUUUAUGCAGCCUGUGUAGUCCUGGGGCUCCAGUUCCUGCAUGAGAGGAAAAUUGUCUAUAGGGACCUGAAACUGGAUAAUCUCCUUCUAGAUGCUGAAGGAUUUGUGAAGAUUGCAGAUUUUGGACUGUGCAAGGAAGGAAUAAGUUUUGGGGACCACACCAGCACCUUCUGUGGCACCCCUGAGUUCCUGGCUCCAGAGGUGCUGACAGACAUCUCCUACACUCGGGCUGUGGACUGGUGGGGACUGGGUGUGCUCAUUUAUGAGAUGCUCGUGGGUGAGGCACCAUUCCCUGGGGAUGAUGAGGAAGAAGUCUUCGAUAGCAUCAUCAACGACGAGGUGCAGUACCCACGGUUCCUCUCUGCCCAGGCUCUGGCCAUCACCCGCAAGCUUCUUCGCAAGUGUCCAGAGCGCAGACUGGGAGCAGGGGAGAGAGAUGCAGAAGAGAUCAAAGUCCAGCCCUUCUUUAAGGGAAUUACCUGGGAUGCUUUGCUUGCUCGUGCUCUGAAGCCUCCUUUUGUGCCCCCUUUGAGAGACCCAGUUGAUGUCAGCAACUUUGAUGAGGAGUUCACAGCCCAGAAGCCUCUCCUGACCCGCCCUGAGCAGGCUCCUCUGCUGACCUGCAAGGAGCAGGCUGCCUUCAAGGACUUUGACUUCGUGUCCAGCCACCUGUCAGAGGUCUGA